CUGAGCAAGAUGGCGCUGCAGAUGAUGCAGAAGGUGCGGGCGGUUCAUCUGGAGUCUGACGCUUUCCUGGUUUGUCUCAACCACGCUCUGAGCACAGAGAAAGAGGAGGUGAUGGGUCUGUGUAUAGGGGAGUUGAAUGAUGACACGAGGAGUGUCUCCAAACUCACAUACGCAGGCACUGAAAUGGGCGCGGUUGCAGAAAAGAUGGAUGCCCCCGUCAGGAUUGUUCACAUUCACUCUGUCAUUAUCUUGCGACGUUCAGACAAGACGAAGGACCGAGUAGAAAUCUCUCCAGAGCAACUGUCUGCAGCCUCCAUCGAAGCAGAAAGGUCAGCUGAACAAACAGGUCGUCCCCUGAGAGUUGUUGGCUGGUAUCAUUCCCACCCUCAUAUAACCGUUUGGCCUUCCCAUGUGGAUAUCCAUACACAAGCCAUGUACCAGAUGAUGGAUCAAGGCUUUGUAGGACUGAUUUUUGCUUGUUUCAUAGAAGACAAAACCUCAAAGACUGGCCGGGUACUCUACACUUGCUUCCAAUCUGUACAAGACCCAAAGAGCUCAGAAUAUGAGAGAAUUGAAAUCCCAAUCCAUAUUGUGCCUCAUACCACCAUUGGGAAAGUAUGCCUCAAAUCAGCAAUAGAGCUGCCAAGGAUCCUGUGUCAGGAAGAACAAGACGCAUAUAGGAAGAUUCACAGACUUACACAUCUGGACUCAGUAACCAAGAUCCAUAAUGGCUCCGUCUUCACCAAGCAUCUGUGCAGUCAGAUGUCCAUAGUCAGUGGGCCCCUACUGCAGUGGUUGGAAAACAGACUGGAGCAAAAUCAGCAGCGUUUGCAGGAGUUGGAACAAGAAAAGGAAGGUCUUAUGGAAGAGCUGUCUCCCCUAGAAUAA